UCUGGAAUUUCUCUCCGUUCUGCGAACCUAUAUAUAUAUUUAACCUUUAAUUUCAAACUCCCUCUCUCUGUGUAGCUUUCCGAUAAAAACUAAGUACCGAUUCUCCGAGUUUCCUACUGCUCACACACACACACAACCGAAAAAUCGUGGUACCGUAUCCCAAUUCGGAUCCGAAUAUGAAUACCCGUCUGACCUCGUGGAUCAUUCUCUCGGUUUCGCUGUUCGUUUUAGUCUUGGAAGCGAAAACCAUCGACCCCUACAAGGUUCUUGGGGUGGAGCGAAAUGCAGGUCAGCGUGAAAUUCAGAAAGCUUUCCACAAGCUCUCUCUUCAAUAUCACCCAGACAAGAACAAAAAUAAGGGUGCUCAAGAGAAGUUUGCUGAAAUUAAUAAUGCUUACGAUAUUUUAUCUGAUGAAGAAAAGAGAAAAAAUUAUGAUAUGUAUGGGGAUGAGAAGGGAAGUCCUGGAUUUGAUGCUGGCCAUCCUGGGGACAAUGGUAGAUAUACCUACUUCACGAGUGGUGGUGGACCGGGACAUGAUCAGUUUACUUUCAGACCAGAUGAAUGGCAGAGUAUGGGUGGGCAGGGAGGUUCCAAGUCAUUCUCAUUUUCCUUUGGUGGCUCUCGUGGUCCAGACUCAUUUGGUUUUGGUAUGGAUGAUAUUUUUUCCAACUUUUUUGGUGGUGGUAAUACCAAAGGUGGGAGUCGGUUUGGUGGUUUUAGUGGUUCGACUAGGUCUCAAUCUUCCCCUAGGAGCCCCCCGAAGAGCAUCAGAACCAUAAAUUCACAGGUCUUAGAAAAAGAAAUAGCUGACCAGGGAAUUACUUGGCUUUUGUUGUCUUACACACCCACAUUGAAGGGGAACCAACAUAUUGAAUCAAUCAUAGAGGAAGUUUCCAGCUCACUGCAGGGAGCAUUAAAGGUUGGAAGCAUAAAUUGUGAAACAGAACUGUCUUUCUGCAAGGACCUUAGCAUAUAUCCCCGCCGAGGACCCAGGGUGUUUGUGUAUUCAUAUAUACCGAGUGAGAAGGGUUCUCUAGUAGAGUACAAUGAUGAUUUGGCUGUGAAGAAUUUGAAAUCAUUUUGCCAAGAACACUUGCCAAGGUUUUCAAAACGAGUUAACCUGAAUCAUUUUGAAUUUCCCUCUUCGACCACAGAAAAAUUACCUAGGGUCAUGCUUCUUUCUACCAAAAAGGAUACACCCAUCAUAUGGCGAGUUCUCAGUGGGUUGUAUCACAAACGCUUCAUUUUCUAUGAUGCAGAGGUUCAUGAUGUUACUGAUCCAACUGUGAGAAAAUUGGGAGUUGAAGCACUUCCGGCUAUAGUUGGUUGGCUAUCAAAUGGGGAGAAGCAUGUCCUAAAAACAGGGAUCUCUGUGAAAGAUCUGAAAUCUGCAGUUGAUGAUCUUAGUAUGUUACUUGAUGGUUUUGAGAAAAAGAACAAGAAGGCAGGAGCCAGGAAGGCACAAACUAAUACGGCGGAGAAACAGAUUCCCCUGCUGACAGGAUCUAAUUUUGAUGCUCUAUGUGGAGAAUCAACUCCCGUUUGCAUUAUUGGUGCUUUCAGAUCUUCCAGAGGAAGGGAGAAGCUGGAAUCAAUCCUAUCUAUGGUUUCUCAGAAAUCACUAUCAAGGCGACAGAAGUCAGCCUUUGGCUCGAGGGAUUCCGUUUCCUACACUCUCAUGGAUGCCACCAAGCAGUCAGCAUUCCUAAAUGCAUUUGAUAAUGCAGGAUUUAAAUCAGCAGAUAUACUCUUGGUGGCCUACAAACCUCGGAAGAGGAAGUUUGCAGCUUUUGUUGGUGAAACGACGACAGAAGAAGUAGAGAGGUUUAUCAGCUCUGUUCUUAACGGGGACAUACAGUUUAAGGAGACACGACAGAAGCCAGUCGUCAAGUGAGGGAGCCAAUCAUAACAAACUUGGGACUAUUCGGUUUCUGAUUUCAUGUACAUAGCAGAGAGGUGAUAGCGACAUUAACCCGGGUACAACAAAAAUACAAGCCAUUUGGACUUUCGAAUCCCCUAUCAAUUUGGAAUUCGGACAGGGGAGUCUUAUAAAAAUUCUAAAUCCUCACAUUUGUUAGCCAGAUUGGGCAAUAAAAUUGCUCUGAUCUCUAUCCUUAGCUUAUAACAAAGAGGUGGAUUUCGAUUAGCACCAUUUGCCACCUCUAGUCGUCACUCAAGUAGAGAGGAGAUCAGUUUGAAGAUAUUUGCAUAGAGGGGUGGAAAAUCCUUGGCCCUGCAGAAGAAGUUUGUUACCGGAUGGUACUCUAAAAUUUAAUCAUUUUUUACUUCAUCAGUGGAAAUUUUUACCUUCUUUUUAAUGUUCGCACUCAGUUGAUCGAGAGAAUUAAAGAUGAAGAUAUUAAAAGUUUAA